UGUUGUGGAUGCCGCGUAUCGAUCGCUUUUGUAAUGAGCGCGACGCCUACCGCGGUGACAAUCGACCAUCUCAGCGCAUCGCGGCAUCGAUGUCGACGUCGCGGCCGAGCAGCUUGCCGCCCCUGCCUGCCGAGAUGAGCUCCACUCGCCGGCGAUUUAGUGAUCUUCUUCCCUUUCCAGCGCUCAAUUGUAGCCCAUAGAGACUUGAAGCGGCUGCUUCUCGUCCAUCGCGAUGCCGUCGUAUCAAUCGGCUCGUCAGGUCUCCCUCUGGUCAUUGACGUGGUCUCAAAUCAUCUGCCUCAUCUUCCUCCGCUUGCCCCGCAUCGUGCCUCGACUCUUGCUGCGCUACACCACAUCGACGUCACCGCCCUUUCCGCAAGUCAUCCACCUCCCCUCGCGCGAGCCUGGACGGACGAUUUACUGCUGGCUCUUCCUGCCACCACGAGACAGCAUCCCUGUUGACGGGCGGACUCCACUUCACAUCGACUUUCAUGGAGGCGGCUUCGUGACUGGCCAAUUGGCUGAGCAAGCUCCCUUCUGCUCGCUGAUAAGCCGCAGACUUGGAGCCGUCGUCCUUACCGUCGACUACAGGCUAGGCCCCCUCUCCAAAUACCCUGCCGCCAUUCACGAUGCCGAGGACGUCGCGCGAGCUUGCAUCGACGAGCAGUGGGAGGGCUACGCAGCGUUGCGUCUUGCCGUAGAUGGAAGCCUCGCUGCUGGAGGACGAACACCUCUCGACCUUGACGCAACUCGCCUCUCGCUGUCAGGCUUCUCAUCCGGAGGCAACCUGGCUCUCAAUCUUCUCGUGUCGCCACCGAAUUGGCCCUCGCCAGUCAGCGAGACACGCCACCCCUACGACAUUCCUGAUCUCCUCUUUUAUCCUUCACUCGACUUGCGCAUGCUCAUCUCAGAGCGACCGCUGCCCCUCGGGAUGAAGAGGAGCAGCGGCUUGCUGCGAUGGCUUGGCUCCGUCAUGGGCGAUGCAUACCUCGAACGCUGGCAAAGUGGCGAGAUACGAGCGUCGCCUGGUCUGGCUGGGCUGGGUAGCGGCCCGAUGAGGAGGGCUUCAGCAGAGCACUUGGUCAAUGUCAUCACAGAGGGCAGUGGACAGGGUCGAGACGAUGACGUCGAGGCAGGACAGGCAUCGGCGAACAGCUUCCCGCACACCUCGCAGAAUAUGCUACACCCGCUCUCGCACUCUCUUCUCGUCCUACCAUCUCAAGACUCGCUGGCACAUCAGUCAAGCAUCUGGCUGCAAGCCUUGGACGCAGCUGGCCGUCUGACCACCAGCGGGGACAGUUCAACGCUCGGCGUCACUCCGCUCCACGUCUCCGGCGCCCCCCACGGCUGGACGCAGUUCCCCGACUUCUCCCUCAGCUCAGAACAGAGAAGGCAGAAGUACGACGUCCUUGAGCAGUCGAUUGUAUUUGUAGAGCGAGUCUGGCGUCAACGCAGCGCAUCGUCGUGAAUAUUACUGAGCCGUCAU